CUGAAAAAUACUAAUUUUGAAUAAGAUAAUACUACAUAAAUUAGAUAAGCUAGUGCAUACCCACAUAAGAAAUAGCUACAUACAUACAUGACAUACAUAUAUAGAUAUUUCUAUAAACAUGUACAUAUAUAACUAUUCCUAUAAGAUAUACUAUCAUUUGAGUCGCAAUUAAAUUUGUUUUAGGAAGAACCUAACCCAUUCUGCUUUGUGAAUUAUUUCUUCCAAUAAAGUCGAAAUUUUUGAAUCGCUCGCUUAACUAACUAUGGUUGUGAAAUAUAUAAGAGAAGUGGCAGUGCGAAGAAAUUGAAAGAUAUUUGAACUUUACGUCUUGGCAAAUAGACUAAGCUAUAUUUCUCUGUAAAUUCUGAAGAGUCACAUUCGCUUUCAAAUCAGUGAAUGUUAAUACAUUCAAUUGUCUUUCGAGUAUAAGAAAACAAUCUCAUAUCAAUACUCAAUGCUAUAAACUAAUGGAAUUUCGAAUAAGAUUCGUAGUGUUUGAAUUAAGAAGUGUAUUAUCUAAGCGAAAGUGUAAAUUACGAGUCUAUUCAAUAUCGCGGAAGCUUCCUCAGUCGGAAAGUGUUUAAAGAAGUGAAAACAUGUUAUUUUGCAUUCAAUUUUAAAAAUCGCAUCAGAUACUGCAUAUAGAUUGCGCUAAAGAGCUUGGCUUAAGCGGAACUCAGCUUCUCUUUAUGCGCACAGAACAGCCUUGAAAUCAUGAGCUAUCAGAAGGGCCUGAAGGAUCCUAAUUUGGACAGGCACACCACUAAAGGAAAAUCACGACAUUUCACGGUGAACGGCUUGAGUGCUAAUAACACGCUUCAGCAGCAACAGUACAGCUUGCAACAACAGCAACAGCAACAGCAGCAGCAGCUGCAGCCAGCGACUGACACACGCAACAUAUACAACAAUCCCUACAAUCCACAACAACAGCAACAACCACAGCAGCAACAACAGCAACAACAGCGCACCGCACACCUCUUCAAGGCGCUGGCUGCCUCUGCUGCUGUUAGCGGCAAUAAUAGCUUGAGUCAUCCGUAUGACUUCUCCAACUCGUCGUCCUCAUCUAACGCCAACAACGAGCAACAGGGAUCAUCGUCAUCGGAGGCGGAUAACGCGUUUCUAACUCAUAAUAACGGUAAGUGACAGACUGGGAUGUGGAGUGUGGAGCACGUAAGUGAAGCGCAUGAGGGGGCUGGGGGACAUUUGGGCCAUGUUUGCAUGAUGCCAGACACUCUUAUGAAAAUAAGCGAAUUAAUAGCUGGAAGUCAGCAUUCAGCAACAACGACUAUUGCCAAUGGCAACGCGGCUCGAAAGUUUUAUUAUGAAUUGCGAAUGCGCAGCGGCUCCCGGCAGGCGUAAUGUGCUGACAAUUGUGGGAUUGCAGCCUCUUAGGCAAACAAACUUGGGCUAUCUCGAUAAUUUCAACUUUAAAAUGACCAGCCAUACCGCGGCAGAACUUUCAAGAAGCUGUAAAAAUGCAAAAGUUUGCCCAAUAAACAUUAGGGAUAACUUUCCUAGCAACUCACCUUACGCUGCUCGAGCAGCCCAUCGUGGCGUAGGCAUAGAACUGAGGCCCCUCCCCCU